AUGCCUAGAGAAAAGAAGACGAAGAGAGGUCAGCCGCAUAGGCGACCGGCCUACCAAGCCCAUCAAACCCAUCGGCUAUUUCGAGAAGAUGUGCUUCGUCUCCCGCAAGCAAACCACGGUCACACACCGGCGAGGCUUGGCCGUUAUACGGUGUCGACUCCAGGGCGCACUGUACAUCCACCGGCUACAAGUACUGCUGCUAGGCACCCCGCCGGUCGUACCACACGCGAUAAGAUCGUCAACCAAGCUGAACCAUCCAAAGUAGACGGAAAGUCCCUCGCGAAAGCAGUCCGCCAAGAGAUGCAAUUAGUCCCGGGCUGGACCAAGAUCAAGGAGAAGGCCGUGGAAGAGGAGUUCAACAAGAUCAAGUCCGGUACGAUAAUCAGGGAGAUCUACUCAGAAAAGACCACCAAUCCUCAUGCUAGACCCGAUGAUUCCAGAUAUUUCCCCACCCCCGACGGUUUUUACCUGUUCAAGUCCGCGCCCUGGAUCGUCUUCUCAGUGAACAAAGAGACAUGGACCUUUGACUGCAGGAGGAUGACUCGACAAGACAAGCCGAGCGAUGCGAACUUGACCGCAGCUCAGCACGAGCAGUACUUGCGAGUAUUGUAUCCGGAGGGGAUUAGCAAUUCGAACGCUCAUGGCCACCCUGUCGUCAAGGUCGGAUGGUGCAGAGAUCCGAAGGCAGGCAACGAAAUAUCAGUCAUCAACCUGGACGAGUCAAGAACCAUCCAUGCUACUAAAGACAUGGACAUCUACGGCGCUCUGGAACCGGCGUCCGCGAUCAUUUUUAUAAGGGCGUGCUCGGAGCUCAUCUCCAAAAGGGCGCUAGCUGCCGAAGCAGAGCAUAUUGAUAUGGACUCGAUCAACCCUGUCGCUGCGGAGCCCGCCAUUGCUGAUCACCAUCCGCUAGGCACACGUGAUGUGGCUUCCGUGGAUCCAGCAUGUGGUAAAGCGGUCGCGGGCAUGCCCGAGUACAUGAAAGAUGCACUCAUCGCUUCAAAAACCCAGGAGAACUUCAUCAACCGUACCACAGUUGAAAGCUGCAUGAGCUUGGUUGGCGACCAGAUAUCCUCAUCACUACCUGCCGGAUCCGUCCUCGGCGCUACGGAGGCUCCAAUACAUGAGAAGCAGAUGAUCCGCGCGUCUCACCGACCGAGCGCUUUGGAAGAUGUUGGCAUGAGCUGCGACAUAGAAAAGACCUCAUCGCUGGCUCUUGAGCUGUAUGCUCCCUCGUCGAUCGUUUCCGGGCUAUCCAACCCAGUUGAAGAGUUGACUUGGGAUGACGAACCCUUGACCGAAGAGGAAAUCGCAGCGAUACGCUCACUGAAGCCUAAGACCAUCGGACAAACGAUUAUCGCAAACCUAAAGGCGUUGGCGUUUGAUGCACGACUUCGUUGUUACAGUGAUGUCGUCGAUGCGGACUUGGCCCGUAGCUCGGCCGAGAAAUAUCGCGAGAAACUUAAAGCCAUGGAGCCAGAUGCGAGGACACCCAUGCACGUCCGCGAGUACAAGGAGCUUUGGAAAAGGUUUCUCUUGUUAGACUCUGGAAUCCGUGGCCUGCAAGAUGUGCAGGAUGUGAACAUGUUGCACCAGUUCGUUGUCUCUCGGAUUCUCAAAAACCCACCGGAGGGCUGCGACUGGAACCAGGUGGCGCCUGCAGCUGGCAUGAUCUAG